CUAUGGUAUGUCCAAUAUCCAAAUGAAGGUCCAUGGUACGAGUUACUGGUCAUCCCUCUUCGGUUUGAGCUUCUUUGUUCCAUCAUGAUUCCCAUUUCAAUAAAGGUAUCGCUGGAUCUUGUGAAAAGCUUAUAUGCCAAGUUCAUUGAUUGGGACAAUGAGAUGGUUGAUCCGGAAACUGGUACUCCAUCCCAUGCAACAAACACAGCAAUUAGUGAGGAUUUAGGGCAAGUAGAAUAUAUAUUGACUGAUAAAACUGGGACGCUUACUGAGAACAAGAUGAUUUUUAAAAGAUGUUUUCUUGGUGGAACCUUCUAUGGGAAUGAAAAUGGAGAUGCUUUAAAGGAUUCAGAGCUGCUUAAAGCUGUUGCCGCUGGUUCCCCAGAUGCUAUCCGAUUUCUUAUUGUCAUGGCAAUAUGUAACACAGUAGUUCCUGUACAAAGCAAAGCUGGAACUAUUUCAUACAAGGCACAAUCUCAAGAUGAGGAAGCGCUUGUGCGUGCUGCAGCUGGCUUAAAUAUGGUUUUUCUUGAAAAGAAAGGGAAUAUUCUUGAUAUCAAUUUUAGUGCUUCAUUGGUCCAGUAUGAAGUGUUGGAUACCCUAGAGUUCACUUCUGACAGAAAAAGGAUGUCUCUGGUGGUCAGGGACUGCCAAAAUGGAAAUAUCAUACUUCUAUCAAAGGGAGCAGAUGAGGCUAUUCUGCCUCAUGCACAUGCUGAAUAUGUACUAGGACAACAAACACGAACCUUUGCUGAAGCUGUGGAACAAUAUGCUCAACUUGGUCUGCGGACGUUAUGUUUGGCAUGGCGUGAUUUAGAAGAAGAAGAAUAUCAUGAAUGGUCAUUACUGUUUAAAGAGGCUAAUAGUUCAUUGGUCGAUAGAGAGUGGAGAGUAGCUGAGGUCUGCCAAAGGAUAGAGCAUGGCUUUGAGAUUAUUGGAGUUGCAGCAAUUGAAGAUCGUCUACAGGAUGGUGUGCCUGAAACAAUUGAGACACUCAGGAAGGCAGGAAUACACUUUUGGAUGCUGACUGGUGACAAACAGAAUACGGCAAUACAGAUUGCCCGUUCAUGUAAUUUUGUUUCUCCUGAACCAAAAGGCCAGCUUCUGCUGAUUAAUGGGAGAACUGAAGAUGAAGUAGGUCAAAGUCUGGAGAGAGUUCUUCUCACAAUGAGAAUAACAAAUGCAGAACCCAAGGAUGUUGCUUUUGUUGUGGAUGGCUGGGCUCUUGAAAUUGUACUAAAACAUUACCGGAAGGCAUUCACGGAACUUGCUAUAUUGUCGAGAACAGCUAUAUGUUGUCGUGUUACUCCAUCACAGAAGGCACAGCUGGUAGAACUCCUAAAAUCCUGUGAAUAUCGAACACUGGCAAUAGGGGAUGGCGGAAAUGACGUAAGGAUGAUCCAACAAGCUGACAUUGGAGUUGGCAUAAGUGGGAGAGAAGGACUGCAGGCAGCAAGAGCAGCUGAUUAUAGUAUUGGAAAAUUCAGGUUCUUGAAAAGACUGAUACUUGUCCAUGGACGUUACUCUUAUAAUAGGACAGCAUUUCUAUCCCAAUAUUCCUUCUACAAAUCCCUCCUAAUAUGCUUCAUCCAGAUUUUCUUCUCAUUCAUUUCAGGUGUUUCUGGAACAAGCCUUUUCAAUUCUGUUAGUUUGAUGGCAUAUAAUGUUUUCUACACAAGUGUUCCUGUUCUAGUCAGUGUCCUUGACAAAGAUCUCAGUGAAAAAACGGUAAUGCAGCAUCCACAAAUACUGUUCUACUGCCAAGCAGGAAGGCUUCUUAAUCCUAGCACAUUUGCUGGAUGGUUUGGACGGUCUCUCUUUCAUGCUAUUGUUGUCUUUGUCAUCACCAUACAUGCAUAUGCUUUUGAGAAAAGUGAGAUGGAAGAAGCAUCCAUGGUGGCACUUUCAGGAUGUAUUUGGUUGCAAGCAUUUGUUGUAGCACUGGAAACAAAGUAAGUAUAUGUUCUAAAUUUCACUACCUUAUCCACAGAUUCUAGCCCCCGGUGCUUGAGUAGGAAAGAGGAUUCUGGCUGCGGAUCCUUCAUGAAAGUUGGAAAUUUAGUUG